AUGCUCGUGCUCUCCUUCGUCCUCGGCCACGUCCUGCGCCGCCACCGCUUCUACUACCUCCCCGAGGCCAGCGCCUCGCUCCUCAUCGGCUUAGUUGUUGGUGUCCUGGCUAAUAUUUCAAAUACAGAGACCAACACAAGGACAUGGUUCAACUUCCAUGAAGAGUUCUUCUUCUUGUUCUUAUUACCUCCGAUAAUAUUAUAUCCUUUUUUGCAAUUAUUUUCUCCUAUCACUUGGAUUUUCUUGAUGAAAAGAAAGAAACCAUUCUUUGCAAACUUUGGGGCUAUCGUAACUUUUGCAAUUCUUGGGACAUUCAUUGCUUCUGUUGUAACAGGAGUUCUUGUCUAUCUUGGUGGGCUGACAUUUCUAAUGUACAAACUUCCACUGGUUGAAUGCCUUAUGUUUGGUGCUCUUAUAUCUGCAACUGAUCCAGUCACAGUGCUAUCAAUAUUCCAGGAACUGGGCUCUGAUGUUAACUUGUAUGCUUUGGUGUUUGGAGAAUCUGUUUUGAAUGAUGCGGACAAUGUCAUCAGUCAGAAGUCAUGCAGCAGGUACAUGUUAGCAGAAGGACUCGGCUUGUCAGGGAUUGUUUCUAUAUUAUUCACAGGGAUGGUUAUGAAGCAUUACACAUAUUCCAAUCUGUCAGACAACUCACAGCGCUUUGUUUCCGCCUUUUUCCAUUUACUGUCAUCUUUAGCUGAAACAUUUGUGUUCAUUUAUAUGGGAUUCGAUAUUGCCAUGGAAGAGCAUAGCUGGUCACAUGUUGGCUUCAUCUUCUUCUCAAUUAUAUUCAUAGUUGUUGCAAGGGCUGCAAAUGUCUUUUCUUGUGCAUACUUGGUUAACAUGUCUCGGCCACAACAUCGGCGUAUACCUCUAAAGCAUCAAAAAGCACUCUGGUUCAGCGGUCUUAGAGGGGCCAUGGCUUUUGCUCUUGCUCUCCAAUCUGUGCAUGAGCUUCCUGAAGGACAUGGAAAAACGAUAUUCACCGCUACCACAGCCAUUGUUGUUUUGACGGUACUUCUCAUUGGAGGGUCGACAGGAACUAUGCUUGAAGCUUUGGAUGUUGUUGGAGAUGAAAACACAUCAAUAGAAAAUUAUGAGGACAAUGGUUAUAUGCCUCCAAGUUAUGAAGAAGGUACAUCAUCUGGGGGAGGAUUGAGAAUGAAACUCAAACAGCUCCACAAAAGCACGACAUCAUUCACUGCCCUUGACAAGAACUAUCUCACUCCAUUUUUCACGAGUCAAACAGAUGGCGACGACGACGACUUCAGUCAGCAACCCCAAAACCGAAGGAUAGCGUUUUAUGAUCAAUAG